AUGCUUGAUGGGUCAAGCCCCCAGGCUGGCAAAAUCUGGAAGAAGGCCAUUCUAAACUUCUCCCUUGAUGGCAAACAAAUGACCAAGACCUUCCUGAUAUGUAACACAGGGUCUCAUGCUGCUAUCUUGGGAUUGAAAUGGUUGGACGCCCAUAAUCUGGAAAUCAAUUGGAACCUGCACACCCUCACCUUCCCUCACACCUCUCCAGAGCACGUGGCCAUUGCCAAAGAGGAAGAAGCUGACAAGGACCCCCUUGAAGGAGUACCCUCCAAAUACCACCCAUAUGCCAAGGUAUUUGGAGAAGAAGAAUUCAACAAGCUUCCUCCACAUAGGCACUACAACAUUGGCAUUGAACUUACAGAAGAAGGACCCCUCAACUCCCCCCUGUAUAGCAUGACUGACGCUGAAUCUGCCACACUGAAGGAUUGGCUCAGGGAUGAGUUGAAAGCUGGGAAGAUCCGCCCCAGCAAAUCCUCAAUCAGCUCACCCAUAAUCGCCAAAGUCUUCACAAGAUUAGACCUGCAAUGGGGUUACAACAACGUCCAAGUUAAAGAAGGUGAUGAAUGGAAAACUGCCUUCCGCACCAAGUACGGGCUCUACAAGUCUCUGGUUAUGACUUUUGGCCUUACAAAUGCUCCCGCUGCCUUCCAGCACUUUAUGAAUGAGCUGUUCAAGGACUUAUUGGAUGUAUGCGUCAUCAUUUACCUUGAUGACAUCCUGAUCUACUCUAAGGAUGACGCAUCCCAUACGCAGCACGUUCACAAAGUCCUUUGGCGCCUAAUGGAGAACCAAUUGUUCUGUAAAGCCUUCAAAUGUACCUUCCACAUCACCUCAGUGGAGUACCUAGGGAUUAUUGUCUCUGACAAAGGUUUCAGCCUAGAUAAACUCAAAAUCCAGGCCAUUCAGGAAUGGCCAGUGCCAACAAAGGUCAAGGAAGUCCAGUUGUUCUUAGGGCCCUUGCACAACCUAGUCAAAAAGGAAGCGCCUUGGAAAUGGGAUGCAAAGGAACAGGAAGCCUUCCAAGGACUGAAAGAUGCCAUCACUAAGGCACCAGUACUUUGUCACACAGACCCUGCCAAACCAUACUUCCUAGAAACAGAUGCAUCCAGUGCAGCCUUAGGUUCCAUACUUAGUCAGCAGCAGGAAGACGGACAAUUACACCCAUUAGGAUUCCUAUCAGAAUCAUUCAAGGGAGCAGAGCAGAAUUACAAUAUGCAUGAUAAGGAACUGCUUGCAAUAAUCCGCUCCUUUGAAUACUGGCAAAUAUUCCUGGAAGGCACAGCUCACCCAAUGACAGUCUUCACGGAUCACUGGAACCUGGAAUACUGGAAGGAGUCUAGAACCUUUAACUGCCACCACGCACAAUGGCACCUCCUACUAGCUGGUUACAACUUCCAGAUUGUGUACCGCCCUGGCAAGCAGUCCAGCAAACCAGAUGCCUUAUCCUGCCAACCUGAUCAUGCCAAUGUUCCCCCGCCAAUCAAACCAUUUUUACCAGAGAAAGAAUUGCAACGCCGUAUAGAGACUGGCCUGGAUCAAGACAAGUCCCUAGAGGAAAUCCUCCAGUUCCUUCAGAAUGAGUCCAAGGCUCCGCCAUCCAUUAAACAUGCCUUCAAGGAUUACCAGAUGGAAGCCAGGCUCCUCUUUUACCAGGGUAGAAUAGUGGUCCCAGAUGUUGGAACCCUACAAACAGACCUACUAAGGAUAUUCCACAAUAGCCCCUUAGCAGGUCACCCAGGAAGGCAAUGCACACUGGAGCUAGUAUCAAGGAACUACUACUGGCUGGGGAUCUGUGCUGACACUUACUGGCAUGUGGACUCCUGCAAAACCUGUCAAUGGAUCAGGAAACCCAAAUACGCAUCCAUUCCCCCUCAGCCACUAGAACUUCCCACGCGCCCCUGGCAGCAUGUAUCUUAUGAUAUGAUUGUAGAUUUGCCUAAAGAUGGUAAUAACAACUCCAUCCUUGUCAUUGUGGACAGCUUCACCAAAUACGUCAUCCUGGUGGAAUGUUCCAAAAAGCUCAAGGCCCCAGAACUGGCAGAUCUAUUUCUAUGGCACAUAUGGAAACGCUACGGCAUGCCCAAAAAAACAAUCUCAGACCAAGGGAGGGUCUUCAACAACAAAUUCCUGAAGGCACUAUACCAGCGCCUAGGGAUAGACCCCCACUUUUCUUUGGCGUAUCAUCUGCAAAGCAAUGGGCAGACAGAGCGCAUAAACCCCACAGUCAAACACUUCCUAUGA